AUGGUUUCGAAAAAUACCGCUAAAGAAAAGAAAGGUGGUGGUGUGCGAGAAAAGCAACGUGCAGAAGAAAAAAGUGAACAAAUGGUAGAUAUGGGUAUGAAAAUCACAUGCUAUGAUGAUUCUGAUGAAGAAAUUCUUGGUCCGAUACCAGCCAUUGUUGUAUUACAUUCAGAUUCAUUAUCAAUUCAUGAACAAAAUUUUUAUAAAUUUUAUGGAAAUGAUCUACCAACACCACCAGAAAUUGUUCAUACAUUUCAACAAUUUAAAGACAAUCUUCAAAAUCGAUUCCGUUUUGAUAAAAUUUCUCAAUUCAUUGAUUUCAGCCAAUUUACUUUGGCCGGCGGUUCAGUUCUUAUGAGUCUAUGGCAAAAUACUACACAAUAUGUAAAUUCUGAUCUCGACUUUUUUUUAUAUCGGUGA